UGGUGACCUUGGCUGAUUUCAUUUCUGUAGCCACUUCUCCGAAGCACAGAGCGUGGCCAAAAUGAAACGGCCAUUCCAACCCCUCAUUUUUUCUCUCAUCCUAACAUCUGUGUGUGGGAACAAGGGUCUGGUGGAUCAGCAUGAGGAAGGCAGAAAAGAUUCUACAUCUGUGGAUCCUCAGUGGGGAGAGUUCACUAACAAAAACCACAGCAUGCCCCUUCUCCCAGCGGACUUCCACAGGGAAAACACAGUCACCAAUGACUGGAUCCCAGAGGGCGAGGAAGAGGAGGAUUAUCUGGAUCUGGAGAAGCUAUUCGGCGAGGAUGAUGAUUACAGUGACAUCAUCGACGCCGUUCUGCCCACAGACUCAGAAGCCAGUGCUGGGAACAUCCUGCAGCUCUUCCAGGGCAAGAGCCGGAUCCAGAGACUCAACAUCCUCAACGCAAAGUUUGCUUUCAGCCUCUACCGAGCGCUGAAGGAGCAGACCAAUGCUCUCGACAACAUCUUCAUCGCCCCGGUGGGCAUUUCUACUGCCAUGGGGAUGAUCUCUUUGGGUCUGCAGGGGGAGACGCAUGAACAAGUACACUCGGUCCUGCACUUUAAAGACUUUGUCAACGCAAGCAGCAAGUAUGAGAUAAUGACCAUUCACAAUCUCUUCCGAAAGCUGACUCAUAGACUCUUCCGGAGGAAUUUUGGGUACACGCUAAGGUCAGUCAAUGACCUUUACGUCCAGAAGCAAUUUCCAAUCCUGGAUGACUUCAAAACUAAAGUAAGAGAGUAUUACUUUGCUGAGGCCCAGGAGGCUGACUUUUCAGACCCUGCCUUCAUCUCAAAAGCCAACAACCACAUUCUGAAGCUCACCAAGGGUCUCAUAAAAGAUGCUCUGGAAAAUAUAGACCCCACUACUCAAAUGAUGAUUUUAAACUGUAUCUACUUUAAGGGGUCUUGGGUGAAUAAAUUCCCGGUAGAAAUGACACAUAACCACAACUUCCGGCUGAACGAACGAGAGGUGGUUAAGGUCUCUAUGAUGCAAACCAAGGGGAACUUCCUGGCGGCAAACGACCACGAGCUGGACUGUGAUGUCCUGCAGCUGGAGUAUGUUGGGGGCAUUAGCAUGCUCAUCGUGGUCCCGCACAAGCUGUCUGGCAUGAAAACCCUUGAGUCACAGCUGACACCCCAGGUGGUGGAGAGAUGGCAGAAAAGCAUGACAAAUAGAACUCGAGAGGUCCUCCUGCCUAAGUUCAAGCUGGAGAAGAACUAUAACCUGGUGAAGGCCCUGAAGUUAAUGGGGAUCACGUCCCUGUUUGACGGCAGCAGCAACAUGGCGGGAAUUUCAGACCAGAGGAUCAUCAUUGACCUGUUCAAGCAUCAGGGUACCAUCACUGUGAAUGAAGAGGGCACUCAAGCUGCUGCAGUGACCACGGUGGGAUUCAUGCCGCUGUCCACCCAGGUCCGGUUUGCUGCUGACCGCCCUUUCCUGUUCCUCAUCUAUGAGCACCGUACCAGCUGCCUGCUCUUCAUGGGGAGAGUUGCCAACCCCACCAAGUCCUAAAAGCAGUGGUCUGGGCAUCUAAAGUGUUUGGGGGGCACUCUGUAAUUCUGUUUCCAGUCUAACAAUGAGAAACAGAUGUUUAGACACCAUGACUUGUAGUCUAUGCUACCAUUCUGAAACCGAGGCCCACAGCAGAAAGUUACAUAUGCCUGUUAAGUGGCUAGGAUCUAGCCUGCAUAGUGAGCGAUGCUGUCAGUUCACAGAAGUGAAGGUCCCAGGAGGGUGUCAGCUGUCACCUUGAAGCUCUAGGGAAGAGCGACUUACUUCCUACCUCCUCAGAACAAGUCUGCGAGAGUAGGGUCUCCUUGGGCAUGCCCCUCGGACUCCUGCAGUCACCACCUGCACAUCUGGCUCCAUUCCUCAAAGCCUUUCUCAACCAAGGCUCCUCAGAGGGGAACUCAGAACACAGAAAUGGGAUGCACCGGAAGCAACAGCGCAGCGGGUAGGGCAUUUGCCUUGCACACGACCGACCCGGGUUCCCAGCAUCCCAUAUGGUCCCCGAGCACCGUCUGGAGUAAUUCUUGAGUGCAUGAGCCAGGAGUAACCCCUGUGCAUUGCCGGGUAUGACCCAAAAAAGAAAAAAAAAAAAAGAAAUGGGCUGCACCUCUCUUCAGGGUGGAUGCAGCUAGUGCAAUUGCUAAUGCCCAGGAGAGAAGUGGCCUUGGGGAAUCCUAGGAUACUUGUCAGGGUUUAGUGCUAGCAGGGCACAAUCUUCCAAACUGGUGUGAAAUGUCACUGGGACUCCUGCUGCCAUCUCACUGCCGCCUAGGGAGCAGAGUGUACACGUGGCCAUGCCUUCCCCCAUCCCGCUGCCCAGGGAUAAAUGUGUAUCAGACUUUGACUCCUGUCUUUGUUAUAAUUGUAUUUUUUGAAGGUCCAAUAACUAAGAAAGGCAAAAUUGAAAACAGCUGAAAUUCUUAUGAAUGACAGUUUAAAAACAGGAAUUUGAGGGCCAGAGAGAUAGCACAAGGUAUAAAGUGCUCGCCUAGCACACAGUGCGCCCUGGUUCAGUAUAUGGUCCCCUAAGUUCCUCCAGAAUUAACCCCAGAGCACCACUGGGUGUGACUCAGGAACUGGGUGUGACUGAGUUCUAGAGUGGCUUGGAUGCUGCAGUGGGCACGUUCUCAUGACAAGGACAUGGUGAGUGGUGGCUGUCUGGGGAGCGAGAGGUGGGGCGGUGUAGACAGCAGCUUCCAGGAAUUCCUGAGAUUGCAGCCUAGAGGUGGGGCGUGAGCUUCGUCUUUCCCUCUUGGGUGCAAGGAGACCCUCAAAGGUGUUCCAGCAGCAGGUGCAGCUCAGGAAAACAGGCACGACCCGAGGAAUGUGUUCUGGAAUCCAGAAGGGCUACUGGGAGGUUACGAGAGCUAAUGGGCACCUCUGCAGUGCUAGGACAAGGGUCAGUGACGGGAAGGGCAGUCAGGGACUGUGUGUCCAGGCGGAUACCUGUGACAUCGGGGCCCUCAGGAGGGUUUCUCUUCCUCCUCUGCACAGUGGACACAGCACUGUGACGAGGUCUAGGGGCAGGGUUCAGGUGGAGGCUCCAGACUCCAGGGAUAUGUGCGCAGUCCUGACAAAGGCUGACCAGUGACACCAAUCCAAGCUGCAGGGGCAGCGGAAAGAGCUCCCCAUUCCAGGGAAUACUGUAAAGGUACGUCUACAGAAUAGCACGAGUCCCCAUCAACCCUGCACACUCUGCAGUCAUUUCCCCUCCUCUCCUUUCAGAGGCUAAUCCAGUCCUCUUUGCCAGCUCCCGUCCCAGUUCCGCAUGGCCCGGGCUCUGCCUCUAGGGUCUCCUGACAGGAACAGAACCAUGUGGCUUGUGGUGAAGCCUGAGGUCACUGAUGACCAACUCCAAGUCCCUUCUCUACUCAUUUCACCAUUGCUCUUUCAGGCACCCAUCCCCUACUCGCUCUCUGCUGGCUCUUGCUCUCCUAACUCCCAAAGUUAGAUCUUUCCUCUUAGCCAGGCAGGAAGG